UAUGGAUCAUAUUCGAAAUGAUUGAGAAAUUCUAAAGAAUAUUCUUAAUUGUUUGGACGAGAAUCUGGCAUUGAUAUUCCAUUCUGUAAUUUCUUCAAUGAUGGAAAAUCCCCGUCAAAUCAACAAAUAAAUUCAUCCAUUGAUCGCAAAAAUUGGGAAAUAGAGUUUCAUGAAAAUUAUAUUGAACCAAAAAUUAGAAAUAUAACUGAAACGUUAGCUAAUUAUCUCGUGAAAUUAGACGAAUCUUUAGCCAAAAAUCAAAAAAAUAGUUUUAUUGAAAGUGAAAUUUGUCAGACUUUAUUUAUGGGUAAACAAUAUAGAGAAGUGAAUUUACCAACUUUAUGGAGAUCAAUCGGAAUUAUUAAUUUCAAUAGCUUCCGUGCUUAGUAUAUGAGUAAUAUGGCAAACGAAGAUAAUUAUCCAUUCCUUUCGAUACUUUUCAAAUAUUCUGGACAGUUAGAAUUACUCAAACAUCUUUUGCCUAUUGUAAAAUUUGUUCAAAUUUUGAAUUCUAAACUCGGCUAUCAUUUAACAAGACAAAAUGCGAAAGAGAUGGACUUCAAAACAUUCUUAGAAAAAGAAUCCGAUGAUGAUGAAAAUCAUAAUAGCUUGAAAACCGCAUUCGAAAAGGUGGAAUGCAGUUAUACCUUUUGUAAACCGAUAUCAAUGUCAUGACCUUCCAAAAGAGAAACCAAAAAUAAAUUAUAGACUUCCAGUAGUUUAUGGUUUAAUGGAAUCAAAGGAUACGGGAAUUUUUUUAUGUGCAAUAUUAGAUUAUUUAGUGCACAUACCAAAUAACUUCCUCGAGGAAGUUAUGGUAAUCCCACCUGGAACUUGUAAAUCUCUC